AUGGGUGACAACGAAACCGAGCCCCUCAUAAGUCACAAUAUAAGCACUACGGAUUAUAGGAAGGAAAGUCUUAACACCAACAUCAAUACAAAGAAAGAUGAUGAGUUUUCAUUUUCAAAAAUACCGAAACACAGAAAAGUCCUUCUGGCAUCCAUGGCAUUGGUCAAUUUUUUAAGUGUUACGGGAUUCGCACUUCUUGCACCCUUCUUCCCGGCAGAGGCUAAAAAGAAGGGAGCUUCGCAAACCGUGGUUGGAAUGAUAUUUGGAGUUUUUGAGUUUGUUGUCUUCUUAUCGGCUCCAGUACUAGGAAAUUAUAUUACAAAAAUUGGGUCAAAGUUUAUGUAUCUCUCAGGUACCAUGAUUGGAGGUAUAUGUGGUAUAUUAUUUGGAGUGUUAGAUAAAAGUCCCGAUGGAACUAUAUACAUAGUAAUGUGUUUUCUCUGCCGUACAAUAGAAGCUUUAGGAUGUUCGAUGUUCUUGACGGCCAGUUUUGCCAUUAUUGCGACGGUGUUCCCUGACAACGUUGCUACUGUUUUUAGCGUAUUAGAGACGUUCUCUGGUCUUGGAAUGAUCGCUGGUCCAGCAGUUGGUGGCGCCCUCUAUCAGUUGGGAGGAUUUGGGUUGCCAUUUUUCGUAGUUGGAUCCAUAACAGUGCUUAAUGGAGUACUUGGACACUUCUUUAUAGGGCAUAUUAAUGAUUCCCCAAGACCCAAGUCAAAAUCCAUACUAUCUCUACUCAGAAAUCCAUUUUCCUGGGUCAUUGCCUUAAGUUUAUCAGCUGGGAGUUUUUCUUUAGCAUUUCUUGAUCCCACAUUAGCUUUGCAUGUGAAAAACCUACCUGAGUUAAAGGAUAAUACAGCAUUAAUAGGACUGGUAUUUUUGAUAGCUGGUGGUAUUUACACUUUUACUGCUCCUCUAUGGGGAUUUAUCACGGAUAAAAAGGGCUACGUGAAGAGCAUGAUGGCAAUUGGGAAUUUGGUUGGGGCAGUUGGCUAUUUACUAAUGGGACCGACACCCUUAAUAGAUCACUUACCUUUCAAACUGUGGUCUGUAAUUUUAUCCCUGAUACUUAUGGGACUUGGUUUAGGAUGUGCAAUCAUUCCCACAUUCAGAGGGUUAAUAGAGUCAGCAAAGGCACUUGGAAUGGAGGAAAAUAUGGACACUCAUGGCAUGGUCUCUGGACUUUUUAAUUCCUGCUUCUCUCUUGGUGCAUUCAUAGGGCCAACAGUAGGAGGAGCUUUGGCAGAUGAAUAUGGUUUUGAUUGGUCAGCAACAGUAUGUGCCGGGUUAAUUACUGUCUCAGUAAUAUUUAUUGCAGCUUUUGGAAUCUUUAAGACUUGGAAUGAGAAGAAAUACUUAAGAGGUUCGGACAAAGGCAACGAUACGAUAGUUUAUAAAUCAGAGAAAAAUAAUGUAUAACUACUGCCAUCUAUAUUCUAACUUUCUUCGGGACAUUUUUGCUAUUCAAACGAUAUACUACUGUUUAUAUUUGUGGCAAAGAAGGUGAAACAUAUUUUCAUAAUAACCAAAAAGAACAAGCAGUUAUUUAAAAACAAAGCCGUGGUUGCUAAACAUUAUAAUUGUAUAAUGGUAUAAACAAACACAACUAACUUCAAUAUAAAUAAGGCAUUGAAUAUUUAAGUUCAGUAUAAAAGGGCAUUUUAGAUUUGUGUCAAAAUUUACACAUAACUUGGAAAAACACUUUUAAAAUAUCAUGCCAGAUGCAUUUUGUCACAUAAAAACA